AUGGGCAUUCAUGAUGUGUCUCAAACCGUUCACAAACUGUGGAAUGGAUGGGAACUUCGCACGGUGAUUUUGCUCAGUCUCUUUCUGCAAGUUUUUCUUGUACUCUUUGCGAGUAGACGAAAGUACACAGCUGGAUUCUGGCUUGGAACUUUUGUUUGGUUAGCCUAUCUGUCAGCAGAUAGGGUGGCAACUUUUUCAUUGGGUAUCCUGGCUCAAAGGCUUGGAGAUUCAGAAACAAAUUGUACGAAUCCAAAUCCAGGAUUUAUCCCUGCAUUUUGGGCACCAGUCCUCCUUGCGCACCUCGGUGGCCCUGACACUAUCACUGCAUAUUCAGUGGAAGACAAUGAAUUGUGGUUAAGGCAUCUGUUGGAGCUAGGAAGCCAAGUUGUUGUGGCUUUUUAUGCCUUUUUGAGGUCAUGGUGGAGUAAGGAUCCACUGUUAUUUGUAGCCGUUCCCAUCUUUCUUGCUGGAAUGAUUAAAUAUGGAGAAAGGAUUGGGGUUCUUAGGUCAGCAAGCUCGGAGCAGCUCAUGAGUUCCAAAUAUAAAGAGAUGAAUGAACUGCGUUCCCAAUUUAACCGAUUUUCCAACUCUGAGUUCUUCGAAAUGACUGAUGAACUCGAAACGACUGAUGAACGACUGAUUCAAAGACUAGGUUUGAAUGACAUAAUACCUGAGGCUAAAUUUCUGCAUGAGGCUAAUUUGUUCUUUCAAAUGUUCGGGGUACUACAUGCAGAUCUCGUGCUUUCUGAUUCUAAUCAUUUGGCUAGUUAUCUUAUCCUACGAAACAAGACUGCCGAAGAUGCCUUCCACAUAAUUGAAGUUGAGAUGGGAUUCAUGUACGAUGUGCUUUUUACAAAGGUGUCGAGGAUUCGUUUGUCACACAUCAUUCGUCGUGCUGUCAGCUUGUUAUGUUUUGUUUCUGCAUUACUUGCCUUCUCACUAGGUAUGUCCAAAAACAACCAUGCCUAUUUAACAACCGAAAUAACUGUAUCAUACUUGUUGUUGGUCGGAGCCAUCAUUAUUGAGAUUUAUGGAGCUGUUUUUCUUCUUUUCUCCGACUGGGCUAUGCUUUGGCUUAGCGGUCAAAAGAAGCCAUUGUUCAAUUUGGUGUAUCGAACGAUUUGGUCUUCACUGUUCCGGUCAUUUCUUCACAAUAACAAAUGGUGGACAGGAUCAAUGGCACAACACAACCUGCGAAGUGCUCAAUUAACUGAAAACAAAUGGUUCGACAUUUCCAUAAUUAAGAAGUUGCUCGGCAAAAGCCACAUUCAGAGUUGGGAGGUUGUGAGUCUUGAAUUGAAAAAAUUGAUCUUCGAACAACUUAAAGAUAAACGUUCAAGAUAUAGUUAUCGCAUGCGCACUUAUGAUCCUGGCAAGAAUGAUUUACAUGAGAUAUUAUCAGAGAGGGGUGAUCAGGUGAUUGGAGGAGAGAGAUGCCUUGAAAAGCUUGGUUGGAGUGUGAAUUGUUCAGAUUUUAAUGAGAGCCUCCUUAUGUGGCACAUUGCUACCGAUAUUUGUUACCAUUAUGAUUUCCCAAAAGAUGGUGGCGAUGCCAAUAAUGUUCAUCCAAGCUGCAAAAUGAGCAUCUCUUUAUCUAAUUACAUGGUGUAUCUUCUGUGUGAUUGCCCAUUUUUGCUACCUAAAGGGAUUGGUAAAGAAAGGUACAACCAAACCUGCAUUGAUGUAUCCCAAUUCUCUACAUCUUUAAAAAGAAUCAUCUCUGGUGGAAGUGAUUUGGAUGGAUUUAUUGAGACUUUGGAGCUACAAGGGAGUCAAGUGUCGGGGCUGUUCAAUGGUUCCAAGCUUGCCAAGGCAUUGCAGUCACUUGUGACGGAGGAUGGUUGGGAAAAUGAACGAAAGUGGGAGAUGAUAAGCAAGGUUUGGGUAGAAAUGUUAACUUAUGCUGCCAGUCAUUGUGGAUGGAAAGAGCAUGCUCAGUCACUUACGCGAGGUGGAGAGUUAGUCACUCAUGUUUGCCUUCUCAUGGCUCAUCUUGGUCUGAGUGAGCAAUGCUUAACCAAUUGA